CAACUGUCCCUUUCAUAUCGUAAGACUUUGUCAACAUUGUCUGCUCACGCUUUUCCUAUAUAACUUCCACUGCAAAGCAAAGGAACAUGCAAAUAUCAGUUGCAUUGCUGCUUCAUAGUCCUUAAUUUCGGUUCUCAGUUGUGAUUAGGUUUGGUUUCUGAGGAGCAUAUUCAAAUGGCGGAUGUUAGCGAUGGUACCUUUGAAUUUAGCGUUAAGCAAGGAGAACCAAGUCGGGUUCUUCCAGCAGAAGAGAGAGAGAAGGGUCUCUACUACCUCUCAAACCUUGACCAAAACAUUGCAGUGAUCGUUCGUACUGUUUACUUCUUUAGGUCGGAGUCCAGAGGAAAUGAGGAUGCUGUGGAAGUAGUAAAGAAUGGGUUGUCAAAGAUCCUUGUUUACCAUUAUCCACUUGCUGGGCGACUAACAAUCAGCUCGGAAGGAAAGCUCAUAGUGGACUGCACUGAGGAGGGCGCUGUCUUCGUUGAGGCUGAAGCUAAUUGUGGGCUAGAGGACAUUGGAGACAUAACAAAGCCUGAUCCUGUUACUCUUGGAAAGUUGGUUUAUGAGAUUCCUGGUGCUCAAAAUUUACUUGAGAUACCUCUUUUGGUGAUUCAGGUGACUAAAUUCAAGUGUGGAGGAUUUGCUCUUGGGCUGAGCAUGAACCAUUGUAUGCUGGAUGGAAUUAGUGCUAUGGAAUUCGUGAACGGGUGGGGUGAAGUUGCCGGAGGCUUGCCCUUAAAGAUCCCUCCAUUUUUAGAUAGAGGCAUACUGAAAGCCCGCAUCCCACCUAAAAUAGAAUUUUCACACCACGAAUUUGAUGAGAUUGAAGAUAUAUCAAACACAAGCAAGCUCUAUGAAGAAGAAGAAAUGCUCUAUAGGUCAUUCCUUUUUGACCCAGAAAAGCACAGACAGCUCAAGGAAAAAGCCACGGAAGAUGGAGUUGUAUCCCAGUGCACAACAUUUGAAGUCCUAGCAGGCUUUGCCUGGAGAGCUCGGUGCCAAGCAUUAAACUUGCUGCCCGAGCAACUGACUAAGCUCCUCUUUGCUGUUGAUGGACGGAAAAGAUUUAUCCCUCCAUUACCUCAAGGCUACGCUGGUAACGGGAUUGUGUUAACGAACUCAAUAGUUACUGCUGGCGAGUUAAUUGAGAAGCCGUUGUCCUUCGCGGUGGGAUUAAUUCAACAGGCGGUUGGAUUGGCUACAGACAGCUAUAUGCGAUCGGCCAUUGACUAUUUUGAAGUAACAAGAGCAAGGCCUUCUUUGGCUGGAACUGUUCUGCUUACAAGUUGGGCCAAGCUAUCUUUCCACACAAUAGACUUUGGGUGGGGAGACACUAUUUCUUCGGGCCCAGUAGCUUUGCCAGAAAAGCCAGUUAUUCUUUUCCUGCCUCAUCAGAAAGUUAAGAAAAGCAUUAAUUUGCUUUUGGGAUUGCCAGCUUCUGCAAUGAAUAUCUUUGAAGAACUAAUGCAGAUUUAAGCAGUCAGAGGAUUUGUUCUGUCGAGUACAGCUAAGACAUAUUUUCCAGGUUCUUUUGUUGAUGCUUUGACUUAAUGUCUGGGGAAUUUAGUGUUGGUGAAGAAGCAAGUACCAUAAUAGUUCAUUUCCUAACUGGAGGAUGGAUUAUGCUGCUACGAACAUUAAGACCAUGAGGCUGCAACUCUGUGUCCAGAUGUAUACUUGCAUUCGUUUCUAAGGCCUUAUGCCAGUAGUGUUCCUAAAUUCAAGAACAAAAAUAACCUCAGAUCAGCUAGAGUCUGAGUCAUAUAGGUUAUGUGCUGUGCGGUUCUUAGUUAAAUGGGCGUCUGUAUUGUUUCUUUCA